AUGGGACCAGAUGCUGAAACGGUCAUUAAACUAGAAUCCUCAGAUGAAGAUUGGUCCAACCCGGACGACACGCCAACUCCUGCAACGGAGACCCGCACAACCAAGAGAUCUUACUCCUGCUCUGUCUGUGGCAAGCUGUUCGACAGACCGUCAAGGCUGGAGCGCCAUGCAAGGGUGCACACACGCACUUGUAUCCGCAAGUCAAAGUGCCGCGAGGAGAGUCCCAUGCAGUUAGUAAAUCUCGCCAAGGACCAGAGUUGCCUCAACAGGCCCAGGUAUUACCCCUGCCCCGACUGCCAAAAAGUGUUCACCAGUCCGUCAAAGCGCGACAGGCACGCGCCCGUGCACCUGAAGAAGCCCAGCGGGCAAAAUGCGUGUUCGUACUGCACCAAAGUCUUCAAGAAACCCACCGGGCUCAUACGCCACGAGCGGAUGCACACGGGUGAAAAACCUUUCAUCUGCUCCGUGUGCGGAAAGGGCUUCUCCGACCCAGGACACUGCAAAGUGCACGAGAAGGGACACGCCGAGCUUCCGGAGAAGCCUCACUGCUGUAAAGACUGCGGCAGGUGCUACCAAAAGCCCUCCCAGCUCAGGCGCCACUUCCGCACGCACACAGGGGAGAAGCCGUUUGCCUGCGCCCUGUGCGACAGACGCUUCAUUCGCUCCGAGGGGCUAAAGAGACACGAGAACUUCCACAGUGGACACAGGCCGCACAAGUGCAUCGUCUGCCCAAAGGGCUUUUACACCCGCCAUGAACUCAAUACCCACAACCUGAUCCAUUCGGGGAUGAGGCCGCACGUGUGCCCCGUGUGCGGCAAGGGAUUCACGCAGCUGGGCAACAUGAAGGAGCAUGAGCGCUGCGUCCACAGGAAGACGGAUCUUUACAAAUGCGCAAAGUGCAGGGCGUCGUUCACGCACAGCCAGACGUUGAAAAAUCAUCAGCGCACACACACAGGCGAGAAGCCCUACCUGUGUGUCACUUGUGGCCAGCGGUUCGCAUGGAGCCGUUGCCUCAGUAGACACCAGAAGACACAUGUGCACAUUCAGAAGGACCUGGAGGCCAAAGAAACGCUCCUGGCCCCGGAGAUCUUGGAGACAUCUUCUGUCACCGAUCACAGCAGCCAGACGCUCAGUGAAAUAGAAAAAAAAAACUGA